GUCCGGAGGCCUUUGACGACGGCGCUGUGCUGCGUGGAUGUGAUGGGUCAGUCUCGCCGUCGAACCCCAUCCCCCGUGCUCGCGACCGCACGCUAGCCGCCGCCCCAUCUUCGUCUGCUCCGGUGCUCCCCUUCCAACUCCGACGCCAAGGAAGCGAGGGCUUCCCGUCGGCCGCUCGCUCGUAGCCUGUACCCGUCCAGCGCGCUUGGAGAAGGAAGUUUGGCGAGGGUUUCGUCGGCGGGCACGCGGUGGGCGGAGGACUUCGGAUCUGCCAGCACCCAGUAACGGAGGAGUCCUCCCGCUCUCCCUCUUCCCCGCGGUUGCCGGCGGCCGGCGCUUCCGGCUGUCGCGAAUUGAGUGCCCGCCACCUGUUCGACGGAAUGCUCGAGAUGGCUGCUGCGAGUGACCGAGACCCUUUUGGAGACCUCCCUGGAGAGCUCCAAUGGCGUGUCCUGUCCUUCCUGCCGGCGGACAAUGCCCUGCAGACCUGCGUGCUGGACACCCGCUGGCGCGACCUCUGGAGGCACGCGACCAGCCUGCUAUUUGUCUUCGACGGGCCAACCUUCCCGCGAUACAACCGUUCGAUUUGAGAUCGAUGCCUAUCCCGACGAUGAGCCAGAGGACACGUUCACAAACACCAGGCUGUUGAUUGACUACGCUCUAGCAUGCAAAGCUGAGGAGCUCGUGGUAAGAGCUGCUGAUGUUCAAUAUGACCAACCAGUGUUCGAUGUGCCUCUCAGUCUCAUCUCCCAACACCUCAGGACCAUACACCUUGAACGGGUGAACCUUGACUGCUCUGACCUGAAGUUCUCAGGCUGCCCAGUCUUAGAGGAUCUAAGGGCGUGUACAAUGGUGGCAUAUGGAUACAUAUGCCCCAUAACAAAAAGUAAUUUGAGGCAUCUACGUUUAUUUUUUCUCCUUAAUGCAAGCUACCAUUAAUGGGCCUCAUUAAAAAAUAGAAAAAUAAAGACUCUAGUACACAUGCAUCUCUACUUUUUACUCUAACCUUUUCAGCUUUUGUUGCCGGACCACACAUUUUCUCUUCAAGCACCCGCCUCCUGGAGAGGAUCCCGCUUUCCUAUCCGAACCUACUUUACGUCAUAUCUGAUCCUACAUAUCAUGCGAGGCAUCACCUUGAGGCUAUGCAUUGUACAUGCCCUAACAAUUCAAUUCUGCAAUAUCCAUGCACGCAAGAUGUCAUCCAAAUCAGUAAAGCGCCUAUACAUCAUCGACUGUUGUUCUUUACCUGACAUCAUGCGCCUUCGGAUUUGUGCCCCGAGUCUUAUCUCACUGCAGCUAGAGGAUUUUGAAGGCUUGACACCUUUUCUUGAAAACAUGCCAUUGCUACAAACAACUCAUGUUAACCUUGAUGAUGGAUGCCAUGAUCAUUGUCGUAGUAAUCGGGGGGUUUGUGAUAAUUUUGUCUGUGGUUGUCAUACUUAUCCUGUCAAGGAGGGGGUGCUUCUCAAUGGUUUGUCCAAUGCUGCCAAGUUGGACUUGAUAGCUUUACCUAAAAUGUUUCUCUACAGAUGGGAUUUGAAAUGGUCCCCCGUCUUUGGCAAAUUAAAGACUCUGUUACUCAAUAAAUGGUUUACGGCUAUUGACCUAGUUUGCAUUCUCCAACACUCUCCAGUUCUUGAGAUGCUCACUCUUCGGUUCGAUAACACUAAGAAUAUUGUAGGAGCAACAGGAGCCCAGGAAACAAUAAAACAACCACUUACGUGUGCAUGCCUUAAGUUUGUUUACAUUGAAUGUGAAAAGGUUGAUAAGGGGGUUCGUGAAAUUUUGAAUAUGUUAGGUAGAUUCGGCAUACUUCGUGACCAAAUUAGCAUCAAGGAGGAUCCACGUCCGGACUCAGAUUAUUCGUCUGCUGAUAGUGACUCCACUGAUAGCGACUAAGAUGUUUGGUCGGUCAUGAUGUUCGACUUAUGUUUCUCUGUAAAGAAUCUGCAAUGGUGGCCAUGUGUUGGUCGUUAACCUGUGACUGUGAAGUUCUGUUUUUGCUUCCCAUCUUUGGUCUCUGCUGGAAAUCCGUCUUUGUGGUUUGUUUGGUGCAACUUAACAAGACGUUUUCCACUUUGUCAGGAAUCUGCCGGGAAUCUAAAUGAUGGUUAAAAUGUUGCUAUGUUUUUUAUAAUCUGCCGAGGAAUCUAAAUGAUGGUUACAUACAUAUUUUGUUGAUCAUCAUCAAUAUAUUACCAGUAUUGUAAAUGCAUCUCUUAUGUCCCUGUGCGUCAUCAGUAUACACCGGAACUGUACUAUUCCUUCAGAUCGAAACGAUACUGCUGUUCCCACAAUCUUCAACAUAUCAAGAGGAAACUUAGUCCGAUCUGAAGAAAUAGUCACGUUGCUGCUUGAGUGUAACCUCAGAAGAAGUUGAAGUUAAAAUUAUCAUUCCCUUUCAAUGUUUCAUCUUGGUCUUGAAGACAGGAUAGUGGUUUUGAACCUCUUGCCUCUGUCCAGUCUGAAACUUGCUGUCUUUGUUCUGAUUCUGGUCAUCUUGUGCUGAGUAUGAUGGUUUGUAAGUCUCAGAUUUGAUACCUACAGAUAUAUAAGCGAGUGAAUGGGGUCAUUGGAUGCCACGUUGCGGCAACAACAGAUAACUACUUUGUUCUUGUUUUUCUAAUGAUUUUUGUUUUCCUGCUCCGGUGCAACACCUGCCAAUGCUUGAAGGAAUGUGCGGUAUGGCUGCGGAAGUUGUCGAUCAUCGCUUCGGCCUCCUCCCCGGUGACAUCCUAUGGCGUGUGUUGCCCUUUUCAUCGGGGUCGUUGGAUGAGGCCCUGCAGACCCGUGUGCUCGACAACCGGUGCCGCGACCUUUAGAGGCAUGCAACCAGGAGCACCUUUAGAGGCAUGCAACCAGCCUGCUCCUCAUCUUUGAUGAGAGGUCAGGAACCUGACCUACAAGCGUUUCGAAGAGUUGGCAAAGCUGGCCAUACAUGAUACAUCUCAAUGGAAAAUCAAUGCUUAUAGUGAUGGGGUUGAUGGUGUGCCAUAGAAACCGUUCACAAACACAAAGUUGUUGAUUGAUUACGCUCUAGUGAUACCACAAGUCAUGGGUCGCCGACGGGGCUUGACUCAACUCGACCCCGCGCACCGUGCUCUCACGGGCUCGCUCUUCCACGACCGCAACAUCGGCAAGCAGGUUGGCAGGCUCGCUCACUGACGAGUGAGUGAAUG